CAUAAACCACAAUUGUAACAAUAGUACAGUGACACCGGUCAUUGCGCCAUGCGGGCACAACAGGCAGCCAUUUUUUAGCAACGUGCCGGCGAAAUUCAUCAGGAAAUAUAACCAAAACUACAGAUUAAUACAACUAAUUUGUAAUAUAGAAAGGCUGCAAAAUAUAUCAACAUGUCAAAAAGGAAGCCUCAAGUUGAAGAAGAGAAGGACAAAUUGACUAGAAUUGCUAUUGUGAGCAAUGAUAAAUGUAAACCGAAGAAAUGCCGACAAGAAUGCAAGAAAUCCUGCCCAGUAGUGAGAAUGGGCAAGCUGUGUAUAGAAGUGACCCCAGCAGAUAAAAUUGCCUUCAUUUCUGAAGAUCUGUGCAUUGGCUGUGGUAUAUGUGCAAAGAAAUGUCCAUUUGAGGCAAUUAGCAUAAUCAAUUUACCCAGUAACUUGGCGAAGGAUACAACACACAGAUACAGCGCAAACAGUUUUAAGCUACACAGGUUACCAACUCCCCGUCCAGGUGAAGUUCUUGGAUUGGUUGGAACAAACGGUAUUGGGAAGUCGACAGCAUUGAAAAUAUUGGCUGGAAAACAGAAACCAAAUCUUGGACGCUUUGCGGAUCCCCCAGACUGGACGGAGAUUUUGACGUAUUUCCGUGGGUCUGAGUUACAGAAUUUCUUCACCAAAAUCUUGGAAGAUGACCUCAAGGCUAUUAUUAAGCCUCAAUAUGUGGACCAGAUUCCAAAAGCUGUCAAGGGCUCAGUACAGCAACUGCUUGACAAGAAAGAUGACAUUGGUGUACAGGUUGACGUCUGCAAAAUGCUAGAUUUAAUGCAUGUACGAGGGAGGAAUGUGGAAGAGCUGUCUGGCGGGGAGUUACAGAGGUUUGCAUGCGCAAUGGUGUGUAUACAGAAAGCUGAUAUAUUUAUGUUUGAUGAACCAUCCAGUUACCUGGAUGUUAAACAGCGUCUCAAUGCUGCUAUAGCCAUCAGAUCUUUACUGGCUGCAGACAAAUACAUCAUCGUUGUAGAGCACGAUUUAUCUGUCCUCGAUUACCUCUCUGACUUUAUAUGUUGUCUGUACGGUGUGCCAGGAGCCUAUGGUGUUGUUACUAUGCCCUUUGGUGUAAGGGAAGGCAUCAACAUAUUUUUGGAUGGUUUUGUUCCGACUGAAAAUCUGAGAUUUAGAGAGGUGUCACUAACAUUUAAAGUAGCAGAGACUGCGAUGGAGGAGGAAAUCAAAAGAAUGUGUCGAUACGAGUAUCCAAAAAUGGUGAAAAAUCUAGGAUCAUUUAGUUUGACUGUAGAAACUGGACAGUUCACAGACUCUGAAAUAGUUGUAAUGUUGGGAGAAAAUGGAACUGGAAAGACCACAUUUAUAAGAAUGUUGGCUGGAAAAUUGCAGCCUGACAGUGGUGGUGAGUGCCCUGUCCUCAAUGUGAGUUACAAGCCCCAGAAGAUCAGCCCUAAGUCACAGGGGACUGUACGUCAGUUGUUACACGACAGGAUCAGAGAUGCCUACAUUCAUCCUCAGUUUGUUGCUGAUGUGAUGAAACCACUUCUCAUAGAGAACAUCAUGGACCAAGAGGUACAAAAUCUGUCUGGAGGAGAAUUGCAGCGUGUAGCCCUGACAUUGUGUCUUGGUAAACCAGCUGAUGUAUACCUGAUAGACGAACCAUCAGCCUACCUGGACUCGGAACAGCGUCUUCAUGCAGCCAAGGUCAUCAAGAGAUUUAUUCUGCAUGCUAAGAAGACAGCGUUUGUUGUGGAGCACGAUUUCAUCAUGGCAACAUACCUUGCUGAUCGUGUGGUGGUAUUUGAAGGAUCUCCAGGUAUCAACACCAAGGCAAACUCGCCACAGACAUUGCUACAUGGGAUGAACAAGUUCCUGGAGUUGCUGGAAAUCACCUUCAGACGUGAUCCAAACAACUUCCGCCCCCGUAUCAACAAGCUCAACUCUGUCAAGGAUACAGAGCAGAAAAAGGGGGGCAAUUAUUUCUUCCUCGAAGAUUAAGGCGUCCCAGAGGCGCCUUUAAAACCACUCGCUUUUGGGCCCAGCCUGCAAUAUGAGAUAUGGGCUGUUACUUUGAAAUCUUUGGGUCAAGGUCAAUUUUGUACAGGGUCAAGAGACAAGAAAUUAUGUUGUCAAAUAGAAUAUUCCACUGAACUAUUUAUGGUAAUGAGAAGUUCUCCAGUAAAUAAUGCACACAAAAGAGAUUGUUCAUCAUUAGAAAAUGGAUGGGAAACUAUGAAGGAUGAGAAUGGAAUAUCAACAAAAAUCUUUUCUUCGCAGAGGAGUAGAGUUAUUGACAGUCUUACUGGAGAUGUUGUUACAAUUUUGAAUCUAUGGCAACGACCUUUGACCUUGAGGAGAUGUAUGGAGGUACAGUCGGGAGUUUGUAGGAGAAUGUAUUGCAGGCUGCUUGAGUGGUUUGUCAUAUUUAGUUUCACAGUAACAAGGUUAUUUGGUACAGCUAGUUUCAUCUCUUUACACAAGGCACUAGCCCCUUGUUGCUAUGACAACUGUUUGGCCCCAUCAUCAAGUUUUUUUCUUCUUAUGUUAUUAUAUUAGAUAUUGGGGUGGGGGCUGCAUUCUGUACAAAAAUUUUGUUUGUUUUGUUUUAAAUAUCUUUCGUCCAAUAAUGUAUUUUUCAUAUUAAUCUUAUUGUUGGCAUUCUGUUAAUAUGGAUGAGAAGUUUUAAGAAUCAUUUAUGAAUUCAGGAUUUUCAAUUUUUUUAUUUAGAUAAUCAUACAUGGAAAAUGCAAAAAUUUAAGAUCAUUUUUAAGUUUCUAUUUUGCAUUUAAGAUUAAUUUUCAACCAUGUAAGCUAUCUAUUCUUUCUUAAAAGGUUUUACUAAAGUGAAUAAUCUCAUUUGUACAUAUUUUCUUUAUUAAAGGGAAUGGGAAUUAAUUCUUCAUGAAUGAAAUAAUUUGAUUAUGAAAAUGGAAUAUAAUUUCAAUAUAUUUUACCAUCUUGUAUUAAACCAGUAUCCUGCUAGAAACUGGAGGUGAUUAGUCCUUGCCACCAGUAUAGAGCGAGGCCAGGUUGCACAUCCAUGCAGUCUGACCAGGCUCUUUACUGCUGGUAGCCAAAAUUUUGGUAUUUUUAUAUUGAAAUCCCUUUAACUUCUAAUGGACUUUUCCAAGAAGUUAAAAACAGGAUAGAUCCAUUUAAUAAAAUUAGUAGGCUCAAGGGUUAGUCAUAAUUUGAGGGUGUAAAGGAAUAUUUAUCACAUUUUCGUGGUUGAUAAUCAUCUUUAAAGGGAUAUUUUUCUUCUUUUAUGAGAAAAAAUGAUUGGGUCUUCAUAAAUUGAAACUGAUUUAAAACCAAAUAGAGGUUAUGCAUUGUUUUCUUUAUUUUCUUUUCAUUUCAUAUUUUAUGGUAACUUUGUUUUGUAUGAAAAUAUGUGGGUAAUGUGUUUCAAUGAAGUAUUAAGAUAAAAUGAAAAUGGAUCACAAAACCUUGAAUGGCUGCUACAAAUGAAAAAUUGUUAAAUACCUUGUGCAUUAAAGAUUUGAAACUGGAUGUACCAAAAAGUUGAAACUGUGAAACUAGGUGUGACCUGACACUCAACAAGGGAAACUAUUACAUUGAUUUUAUCAUGAUUUGUGAUGGGGGAAAAUCUGAGAAUAAAGAAAUGGACUUUAUCUUGAGGAAACAGUAGCGUUUGUUUACAAUAGCUGCUACUCACAGUCUUUCAGUGUUCAAACAAUGGAUACAAGAAGUAAAUAAACAUGCAGUUGGUUAAGAGAUGUAUGGAUUUUUAUAAAGAUCAACUGAUAAUAGACGGACAUGUUUACUUCAUAAAAUCAAUGCCAAUUAAAGCUGAAUUGGAUUCAGGCUUUGGUUGGUAAAUUUUCACUUGGUUCAAAUUUUAUUCUCACAAUGUAGUCAUAUAAAAAAAGAGAGAACUGGUUCAAAGUGAUAACUGCCUGGAUUUUAUGUUACUUUAUGUAUAUAAAUGGCAGUAACCUGAGAAAUGGAAAGAAAAAUGACAUCAGUUCGACCUGUACAAAUAACUUUGCUCUCCAGGUACAGAAGUUUAAUUCAUACUCAGCCUAUUCAGGUUUUUCAGCUGAAUAGUUUUUCGCAAUGCCCUUAUGUAAGUCAUAAUAGGCAUGUAAAAUUUAUUUUGAUAGGACAAUUGUGUUAUUUAUCUUUUGUCUUGGACAUAAUUAUAUGUAUGCUUUUAUUUCUUUUUGUAUGUUCAGAAAUUAACUCUAUAAGCAUUUCAGUAAUUAUUGUCAUUAUUGGUACGUAGAAGACACAUUGUUGAAGAGAUUUAAAUCCGUUUGGUGCUUCUUCAAUUCUAUAAUUGGUACACAGUGAGAAAAUAAUGAUUGAAACAUGUCACAUUUUGUUCAUUGGCAGUUAGAAUUAAGGCCAAAGUGCUAUUAUCUGAAUUGUAUUAUUUUUUUUUAACAAGGAUGUUUAAUGUACAAAUUGAAGAUAUUUAUUACUUCCAGUGAAGUGCUUUUAAACGUGUUACCCACUAUGAUAUUUUUGUAAAAAAUGAAGUCAUUGUAAAAUAAAAAUUACUUCAAGGUCUAAAA